CAGCGCUUAUCGCCUUGCUGCUGGACAACAUUCAUUUCUCCAGAAAAGUUUCGAUUUCACAGUAUAAAAGCUGAACGUGGGAUUGAGGCCAACACCCAUUACCCAAUGGGUAUAAAAUGACUGAUGGGGCUGUAGCCAUUAACAAGGAGAAGCACCAACAUGUUCUACUCCUAUUCUAUCAACAUGUCGAAAAGCCAGGUGCUCUGCCUGUUGAUUUUGGCUUCGGCUUAUCUCAUCAACGCUAAUGACUUCACCAACCGCUCUGACGCAGCCCUUUCGUCGAAUGAGGAAGAAGGGGUCGACGAAAUUAUCGGCGGUGCAACAGUUACCAGGGGGCAACAUCAAUACAUGGCUUAUUUGAGGCUUUUCUACCGUUACUCGCCAGGGGGUUUUUUCGAAUGUGGAGGUACAGUGAUAAGCAACCGAUACAUUCUAACGGCAGCUCACUGCGUUCAGGAUGAUAAGACCGGUGAAAUAGCUUACAAAGUGGAAGUCCGUCUGAAAGCAUCAAACCUCACCCCCGAUUUUAUGCAAAUGGCGUGGUAA